AAAAGAUUUUCAUUAACAAUGGUAAAUUUGAUUGUGAUAAUUCUUUUAGCCAAAAGCUCCAAAGACAUCCAAGGCUAAGAAGAUUUAAAAGAAAGUAGCAGACAGAAAGAAGAAUCCCCUCUUUGUUAAAGACGCCAAAAACUUCAGAAUUGGAAAUGAUGUCCAACCAAAGAGAGAUUUAUCAAGAUAUGUCAGAUGGCCUCGUUACAUUCUUUUACAUAGACAAAAAAAGAUUUUAUUGCAAAGAAUUAAAGUACCAGCAGCCAUUCAUUAAUUCAGCAAAACACUCGACAAAAAUCAAAGUAAUGUGUAUAUAUUAAUGUUAGGUUCAAAGGUCUAUGCUCUUUUGAAGAAAUACGCCCCAGAAACCAAAACCGAAAAGAAAUAAAGAUUAGUCAAGGCUGCUGAAUCCAAGGCAUAAAACUAAAAGGCAGAUAGCAAGAAAGUGACAGUCCUCAAAUUCGGAUUGAAUCAUGUUACUACUUUGGUUGAAACAAAGAAAGCCAAAUUAGUUUUGAUUGCUUAUGAUGUUGAUCCAAUCGAAUUAGUUGUUUGGCUUCCACAAUUAUGUAGACGUUAAGAAGUUCCAUUUGCCUUUGUUAAAAGUACAUAAAUAUACAAUUAUAAAAGACAAGGCCAGAUUGGGAGCAUUGGUUCACUAAAAGACUGCAACUUGUGUAGCAUUGACCGAUGUCAGAAAAGAAGACUAAGCAGAAUUCGACAACUUAGUAAUCAUUUAAUAUAUUCUAGGCUCGUGAUUUGAGAUAACACUACAAUGAAAAUCAUGAAUUGUUAAGAACUAUCGGAGGUGGUCAAGUAGGAAUUAAAUCAAGACAUCAAUAAGAAGCUAUAANUAUAAUAAGAAUGAAUAGUGAAGCAAAACCAUAGACUCAUUAGGCCAAAGCAAGAUUAAAGGCUGCUAGAUCUAUUUUUGAAUUAGCGGAUGUUAAUAAGGAUGGUUUCAUUACUUUUGAUGAAGUAUUAUUUUUAUGAUGUAUCAUAAAGGUUCCAAAAUUGCUAAUUGAAACAAACAAGUUAAUUACAGAUGAGUAGUAUGUGCCUACAAAAGAGGAAAUAGAUUGUUGGAUUAAUAUGACAGAUUUAAAUAAGGAUAAAAAGGUUAGUAUCCAUGAAUUUGAAGUUUUAAUAUUAAAAGCUCUUCAAGCAUAAGGAAUUGAUUUAGAUGGACAAUGA